UUGAAGCUGUUGGGCGCACCUCUCCCUCUCAUCAGAGGCUCUUUUGGUUCAUUGUCAGUUGAGCCGCAGCCCCAAGGUUUCCAAAUCUGCGAGUGAAGAAGGACAACCCUGUCUAGCUACAGUACCGGUAGCUAGUAGAGCCACUUACUUCAUGUAGUUUCUAUGAGCAUUGUAAGAAUAGAUCGCCACAAUGGCGGACUCGGAAGGGAUCAAAGACAGCAACGUCAAUUCGGAGGAAGAGCCGGACAAUCCAGUUUCUGACAAGAACAAACAGUCGGGUAGGGGCGACAGUGUUCGAAUCUCGAUUCGAGCCUUUCAAAGUUUCCUGCAUACCAAUGGUCAGGCAGCGGCCAUUCAACAUGCCUUUCAUGAACUGGAUCUACAAAAAACUGGGCGAUUGGACAGGUCGGAUCUGACAGCCUUUAUGGAAGAAGCAUGUGCCUUGGUCAAGCUCGAGCUAGAUCACAAGAUUGUCCAAGAUGCCGUGGAAGCCCUGUUGGAAGAUGUGGGCGCGGAAGAGCAAAACUACAUGACCUUGGAGCAGUUCGAGGAACUCUUUCGCCGUCAUCCAGACUUGUUGGCUUGCUUUGAAGAAGAAGGAUCCGUGGCCAUUCGUCAGUCUGCAUUGAAGGCACCGGUGGGAAGCGACAAGUUGACUGCGGAAGAUUUCCAGUUGGAAGAGGUAGAAAACGAGCAAGUUUGGGUUCAUGCUCACACAAGAUGGAAGUCCCAGAAACUCGAAUACCUUUGGUUCAUCGUUUACAUGUGUGCCAACAUUAUCGCUUUCACCUACAAAGCAUCCGUGUACAGCAACCGAGACGACGCCUUGGCGGUCUUCGGCACCUGCAUCAUUGUGGCACGUGGGAGUGCCAACUGCUUGAAUCUGAACUGUGCCUUGAUCUUGCUGCCCCUUUGUCGUCAUGCCUUGACAAGGUUACGACAUGUCCCAAAUCUUUCAUUCUAUUUCCCCUUUGACGCCGUCUUGGAAUAUCACAUUGUCAUUGGAAUGGCGAUUGCUGUCUUUGCAACGUCGCACAUCUGCGCACACAUCUGCGACUUUUAUCGAUUUGCCCGUGCCGAUGAAACCGAUAUUUUUACCUUGUUUGGCAACAAGCUCGGGGAUGAAAUCCCAGAGGGUAUCGGAGCACGAUGGGCCCUGAUGCUGCAACAACCCGCGGGAAUCACCGGAUUGAUCAUGACAUCCUGUCUGCUAGUGGCCUAUCCCAUGACGCAAAUUCGACGAAAGCAUUUCAAUGUCUUUUGGGGUACACAUCACUUGCUGUUGGUAAUGUUGGUCGCCCUGUGCUGUCAUGGUAUUGGAAAUCUAUUGGAGCCAUUUCAAUCAGUAUACUGGGUCAUUGGCCCUCUGUUGCUCUACAUCAUCCCUCGCGUGUGGAGAGAAACGCCCUUGUCCACUGUGGAGGUUUUGGAUGUAUCCCUCAAAAAGGGCAACGUCAUUGGACUCAAGCUGGAACGUCCUACAUCCUGGGACCCGCUCAUCAAAGCGGGCAUGUACGCGUUUUUGAACAUUCCCAAGGUAUCCCGUGUGGAAUGGCAUCCAUUCACUCUGACAUCGGCUCCUGGCGAUGAUUACAUUGAAUUUCAUUUUGCCAAAGUGGGGGAUUGGACCGGUGCGGUGCAUGAUUUGCUGGGAGAUUUGUGUCGUAACAACAACAACCAGGACGAAGCACCCGACGCUACCGAAGCACACGCCAAUCCGCAAGCCAUUCGGGACUUGGUCGUCCGAGUCGAGGGUCCCAUGGGUGCUUCGACGCAAGGAUUCAAAGACUAUCCCGUGGUCGUUUUGAUUGGUGCCGGCAUUGGAAUUACUCCCAUGAUUUCUGUGCUGCGUGAGUUGUUGAGGGACCACGGGAAGAUGAAACGAACCUUUUUCUAUUGGACCACCCGAGAUCAGAAUAGCUUUGAAUGGUUUACUCAAAUCAUGGACGACAUUUUCGAGGCCGACCCCGAGAACCGCAUUCAGAUUCGUCACUUUUUGACCUCGAUGAAACAAGAUGAUCGCGACUUGGGAGCGGUGUUGUUCCAUCAUGCCACUCGUGCUCGUCAUCAUGAGACCAAUUUUGACCUUAUUCUGGGCCAACACACGCAUCAUCAGGUCGAAGUGGGUCGGCCGAACUGGAAAGAAGAGCUCGAAUCGGUCAAGGUUGCGAGCAAAGAAAUCAACUGCAACGAUUGUGGGAUCUAUUUGUGCGGCCCCGAACGCAUGGCGGAUUCCGUGGCCGAUGUAAGCUUUGACUUGUCCAAGAAGGAUCCUGAUUUCCACUUUUACUUUACCAAGGAGACCUUUUAAAAGAAUGACAUUAAUAUUGUGUGCUAUGCUGUUAUUCACUGCCUACCUCCCAUACCGUACCGUAGCACCCAACACCAACUACGUAGUAGAAAACUGUAUUUUUGC